ACUUCCCACUAUCAAAAACCGCUUGUAUUUUUCACUCAACCUAUAAAAACGCUGUUAUGAGAACCAGGGUUUAAAGUUAGGGUUUUCCUGUUCCGCCAUAGCCACUGGGAGAGAAGAACAAUCGGUAGUAAUGGCAGAAGAAGCAGCAGCCCCAGAGACCACACUUCUAGACGCAAUAAAAGAUGGUUCAUCAGCAGCCCCACAAGAGAUGGACAUGGAAACCAUCGAUUCCGAUGCUGCUGCUGCGGUUAACGGCGGUAAACGAGAGAGGGAGGAAGGAGUGACAGCCGAAUCUUCGGAGGAUGGAAACGAAGCGAAAAAGGCGAAGGUGGAUCAGGAAGAGAAGUCCGUGGAAGAACAGAGACUGGAGAAAGAUGCAGCAAAGAGUGGUCCGGUGGCUCUUGGGUAUAAGAACUUUGAGACCUCUGUGCAGAUGUUUGAUUACUUCUUCAAGUUUCUCCAUUUUUGGCCUCCAAAUCUGAACGUCAACAAGUAUGAGCACGCAAUGUUAUUGGAUUUGCUAGAAAAGGGUCACGUAGAAGCAGAGAAAAAGAUUGGUGGAGGAGUGAAUGCGUUUCAAGUGAGGUAUCACCCACACUGGAAAAGCCGAUGCUUUUUCUUGAUCAGAGAGGAUGAGUCUGCUGAUGAUUUCAGUUUCCGUAAGUGUGUGGAUCACAUCCUACCCUUGCCGGAAAACAUGGCAGUAAAACCUGAUGUCAACAAGGCAUUGGGUGGUGGUGGUCAUGGUGGUAGAGGCGGAGGACGUGGUGGUGGUCGUGGAAAUUGGCGUGGACGUGGUGGUGGUGGCAGGGGUGACAUUCCUUCAUCUAAUCGAUUGUUUGAUGCGAUUGCUAGUCAUUGUGUUCCUGUGAUAACUAGUAAUGAGAUCGAGCUUCCGUUUGAAGAUGUUCUUGAUUGCUCAAAAUUUACGGUAUUUGUUCGUGCAUCGGAUGCUAUUAAAAAGGGGUAUCUUAUGAAGCUUCUUAGAAAGAUUCGGAGAGAUAAAUGGAUUCUAAUAUGGGAAAGAUUGAAGGAAAUAGGGAAACAUUUUGAGUAA